ACUCGACACCGCAGCAUCAACCAUCAGAGCAACUCCCUGCUCAGGCCUCAAAAAGACUCGCCUGGAUCAAAGCGCGCGGCAAAGGUAGCUCGACCGUGCGCCAGAGCAGCAGAGCUAGUCCGCUCGGCGCCGUGGCCGGACCUCGCCAGCGCGGCAAAGGUAGCUCGACCGCGCGCCGGAGCUAGUACGCUCGGCGCCGUGGCCGGACCUCGCCCUCGCGGCAGCGGUGCGCGCAGCUGCCUGCGCGGCGGCAGCGGCGGAGCUCUCCCACGCAGCCACGUUUGGUGUGCUUCUUCCUCCCCUACGCCCGCCUCCUCUUUUUCAUCGAGCGUGCGUUGGGGCGACCCCGUCCGUGAAAAAUGGCGGGCCUCAGCGGCGGCGGCGGAGGCUGGGGCGGCUACGACGACGACGACUGGGGCCUCAGCGCGGAGCAGCUGGACCAGAUGGAGCGGGACGCCAUCCGCCAGCUCGCUGAGCGCAAGGCCUCCGCCUCCGCGGCCUCCACCGCCCCCAUCCCCGCCUCCCCUCUCGGAGCCACCUCGCCGCUCCCCUCCCGCGCUACCGUGCCGGCGGCGGCCGUCUCGUCGCCGCUCGGGGGCAACCACCCCGCUACCAGGGCCUCUCUGGAGGCCCGCUUCGGCAAGGUAGAAGCACUAUCUCCCUCGAGAAAUGCAGUGAAUAAUAGCCAGGGCAGCUCGCCUAAGAUAUCUGUUCAUCUUUUCCUCCAUUCUAGCGGUAUGAUCGCUGCAAGAUUCCCAUACAGCCAGUUACUUGUCGAUGCAUUUCGGAAGAUACCAAAAGCCAGUUGGAAUGCUAAAGAAAGGGUAUGGAUGUUUCCCCCCUCGUCUUUAGCAAUAGUAGAGGAGGUUCCUCGCUCAGUACCUGGAUUAACUGUGGAGGUUCACAAAUUGGAUCCGCUAGUUCAGCGUGCUUUAGCUGCUGCUUUACGAUCCAAAGAUCUUCGAGGUUUGUAUGACAGGAUUCCCCCUCAUCUCGAGUCAAAGCUUAUGCCAUUUCAGCGUGAAGGCAUCAGGUUUGUUUUACAGCAUGGUGGCAGAGCCCUGAUUGCAGAUGAAAUGGGUCUUGGAAAGACACUACAGGCAAUUGCUGUUGCUUCUUGCCUUCGUGAUGCCUGGCCAGUCCUUGUAAUCUCUCCAUCUUCUUUGCGAUUACAUUGGGCAUCUGCGAUUCAGAGUUGGCUUAACAUCCCUGUGGAAGAUAUCUUGGUGGUAUUGCCACAUACUGGAGGAUCACAUAAAGCAGGAUUCAGAGUGGCUUACUCAAACUCGAAAGGAGAUUUUCACUUGGAUGGGGUGUUCAAUGUGAUAUCUUAUGAUGUAGUUCCCAAGAUACAAAGCACACUUCUGGAUUUGGAUUUCAAGAUUGUUAUAGCUGAUGAAUCACAUUUUAUGAAGAAUGGCCAAGCAAAGAGAACAGUUGCUUCACUUCCUGUUUUGCAGAAAGCUCAAUAUGUUGUUUUGCUUAGUGGAACUCCUGCUUUGUCUCGCCCGAUUGAGCUCUUUACUCAGAUCCAGGCCUUGUAUCCUACAGUGUACAAGAGUGUUAGUGAGUAUGGCAAUAUAUAUUGCAAGGGUGGUUUUUUCGGGUUGUAUCAAGGUGCUAGCAAUCAUGAGGAGCUGCAUAAUUUGAUGAAAGCAACUGUCAUGAUUCGUAGGUUGAAGAAAGAUGUCCUUUCACAGUUGCCUGUUAAACGUAGACAACAGGUCUUUCUAGAUUUAAGUGAGAAAGAUGUGAAAAAUGUCCGCGCUCUGUUUAUUGAGUUGGAGACUUUGAAGGUCAAAAUUGAGUCCUCUGACUCCAAAGAGAUGAUCGACUCUCUCAGAUUUGCUUACCAGAAUAUUGUCAAUAAGAUCUAUACUGAUUCAGCUGUAGCCAAAAUUCCAGCUGUGUUGGAUUUCCUGGGUACUAUGAUUGAGGAAGGUUGCAAGUUCUUAAUAUUUGCUCAUCACCAACCCAUGAUUGAUGCCAUUGAGAAACAUCUCUUGAAGAAGAAAGUAAAGUGUAUCAAAAUUGACGGCAAGACACCUUUAACUACAAGACAAACCUUAGUCACAGAUUUCCAAAACAAUGAUGACGUCAAGGCAGCAGUGUUAUCCAUCAAAGCCGGAGGCUACGGGAUAACUUUGACAGCAGCGAGCACGGUAAUCUUUGCCGAGUUAUCAUGGACUCCUGGGGACAUCAUUCAAGCUGAAGAUCGCGCGCACAGGAUCGGUCAGGUCUCGUCCGUGAACGUGUAUUAUCUUCUCUCGAACGGUACUAUAGAUGAUCUUAUGUGGGACGUUGUUCAGGGCAAACUUGAGAACCUGGGGCAGAUGCUGGACGGGCAGGAGAAGACGCUGGAGGUUUCCCAGAGGGACUGCAGGCCAAGCCCCUCGAAGAAGCAGAAGACACUGGUCGGCUUCCUCAAGCGGCCCAGCGCGUCCACGUCCGCGGAGGAGGGUAUGCCCAGCACUUAAUGAAGCAGCCUCGGAUCUGAGGCGCGGUCGUGGCUUGUGAGCGAACCAGAUCAGGUCAUAGGCAGCCAGCAGCCACAAUGGUGUUCGGCUCUAUCACGUUGUAACACUUCUCCCUCCGUAUUUGCUCGCUCUUUCGUUUCCUGAGAGAUGACAGAUGUAUGCGUUUGGCUGACGAAGGGAAGAAAAAUGAGCAAAACUUGAAGUAUUUGUUAGGGAAGGAUCCUAAACACUGAAUUAUAUGAUAAAUUUAACAUAAUUGCGUUUGCUAAAUCA